AUGCCUAGUCGUGUGGUAUCAGCUCUGGACUAUCGUUUGGUAGUCUCUCAAUGCUCCAGAGUUCGAACUCUGCCAGCAGCCAUCCCCCGUCCUCCUGUGGGAGGUGUCGGCUGGGACAUCCUCAACUCUGAAGGAACAUACGACACAUGCAAAACAUUUGAGAAACUAACAGUUAAUCCCAGUAACCUGAUCUUUGUUGACACUUUUGAGUUUGAAGGAACCAAACCUCAUACACCUCAAAGAACAAACCUUAUACACUCAAACCUCAUACACCUCAAAGACCAAACCUCAUACACCUCAAAGAACAAACCUCAUACACCUCAAAGACCAAACCUCAUACACUCAAACCUCAUACACCUCAAAGACCAAACCUCAUACACCUCAAAGACCAAACCUCAUACACCUCAAAGAACAAACCUCAUACACCUCAAAGAACAAACCUCAUACACCUCAAAGACCGAACCUCAUACACUCAAACCUCAUACACCUCAAAGACCAAACCUCAUACACUCAAACCUAAUACACCUCAAAGAACAAAUCUCAUACACCUCAAAGACCAAACCUCAAAGACCAAACCUCAUACACCUCAAGGACCAAACCUCAUACACCUCAAAGACCAAACCUCAUACACCUCAAAGACCAAACCUCAUACACUCAAACCUCAUACACCUCAAAGACCAAACCUCAUACACUCAAACCUCAUACACCUCAAAGACCAAACCUCAUACACUCAAACCUAAUACACCUCAAAGAACAAAUCUCAUACACCUCAAAGACCAAACCUCAAAGACCAAACCUCAUACACCUCAAGGACCAAACCUCAUACACCUCAAAGACCAAACCUCAUACACCUCAAAGACCAAACCUCAUACACUCAAACCUCAUACACCUCAUAGACCAAACCUCAUACACUCAAACCUCAUACACCUCAAAGACCAAACCUCAUACACUCAAACCUCAUACACCUCAAAGACCAAACCUCAUACACUCAAACCUAAUACACCUCAAAGAACAAAUCUCAUACACCACAAAGACCAAGCCUCAUACACCUCAAAGACGAAACCUCAUACACCUCAAAGACCAAACCUCAUACACCUCAAAGACCAAACCUCAUACACCUCAAAGACCAAACCUCAUACACCUCAAAGACCAAACCUCAUACACGUCAAAGAACAAAUCUCAUACACCACAAAGACCAAGCCUCAUACACCUCAAAGACCAAACCUCAUACACCUCAAAGAACAAACCUCACACACCUCAAAGAACAAACCUCACACACUUAAUCACACACCUCAAAGACCAAACCUCAUACACCUCAAAGACCAAACCUCAUACACCUCAAAGAACAAACCUCACACACCUAAAAGACCAAACCUCAUACACCUCAAAGAACAAACCUCACACACCUCAAAGACCAAACCUCAUACAACUCAAAGAACAAACCUCACACACCUCAAAGAACAAAUCUCUCACACCUCAUCACACACCUCAAAGACCAAACCUCAUACACCUCAAAGACCAAACCUCAUACACCUCAAAGAACAAACCUCACACACCUCAAAGAUCAAACCUCAUACACCUCAAAGAACAAACCUCACACACCUUAAAGACCAAACCUCACACACCUCAUCACACACCUCAAAGACCAAACCUCAUACACCUCAAAGACCAAACCUCACACACCUCAAAGACCAAACCUCAUACACCUCAAAGAACAAACCUCAAACACCUCAAAGACCAAACCUCAUACACCUCAAAGACCAAACCUCAUACACCUCAAAGAACAAACCUCACACACCUCAAAGACCAAACCUCAUACACCUCAAAGAACAAACCUCACACACCUUAAAGACCAAACCUCACACACCUCAUCACACACCUCAAAGACCAAACCUCACACACCUCAAAGACCAAACCUCAUACACCUCAAAGAGCAAACCUCAAACACCUCAAAGAACAAACCUCAUACACCUCAAAGACCAAACCUCAUACACCUCAAAGAACAAACCUCACACUCCUCAAAGACCAAACUUCAAACACCUAAAAGAACAAACUUCAGACACCUUAAAGACCAAACCUCAUACACCUCAAAGAACAAACCUCACACACAUCAAAGACUAA